AAAACAUAAAUCCGUUUGGCUCUUGGUGAACAUAAAAAUUCGAUCUUUAUGAUAGAUUUAUUGAAGGGGGCUGUUUGAAACACUGAUUAAGGAAAACAUAUUUACUGGAAGGUUAAAAAUAAAUCCAUAGGCUGUGUGUCCAAUUUCCAGGUAGUGUCCUUCUCUUCUAUCUCUCUCUCUUCCAUCUUCCUCCAUUUUUGUUUCUCUCCCAACUUUCAGUUUCUUCUCUUUGAUAAAAUUCCCCCAAUUCGUAGUCAGUAUAAAGUGGGGGGGAAAAAAGGGAAGAAAGAAAGUAAAUACGUUGUUUAGAAUAGAUAUACAAAAACCUAACCUUUUCUUUUUGAAUGAUGGUUUGGACCUUUGGUCCUCCAUCAUCUUCGUCUUUGUUUUCCUGGUUUCUCAGUUAACAAAUAAAACUGACCCUUUUUGUUCUUACUAAUUUCAUUCCUAUUUCAAAUGCAAAUAUACCCAACUGGGGAUCUUUUACAUGUAAUCAUCCUGCUUUAAAACUUGCUUUGUCGUUCGUGAUCUCGCCGACCAUGUCGCAAGAUUCUUCGCCUCCUCCGAUCCCCUGCGACCGAUCCUCCCCUGAGCCGCUCUCCCACAUCGACAACCCCAACCCCAAUACCGCUAACGAUGACCUUAUUGCCGAGAACGAGCCCACGACCACGACCACGAUUAACAGUGAGCAGCCCACGGCGAGGAGAAACCGACCCUCGCGGGCUUGCACCAUUCGGGCGGCGGAGCGGCUCUUGGCGGCUCAGACAGUCGUCGAGCGGAAGCCGAAGCCGAAAAAGGAGCAGCAAAACGACGAGUCGCCUCAGCAGCAGCAAUGCAGCAAGAUCGUGACCACGCUGGUUGAGGAGCCGUCGCCCUCUCAGUUGCCGCGUUGGAACCUCCGGUCGAAGUGGGAACUAGCGUCCGUACUCAAUUUCUUGCAUGUCUUUUGGCCACUAUUGAAUAUUCAUUGUGAGUUCACAGUAGAGGAGUUCGAGACGGCCUUGAUUACUCCCAACGACACUUUGAGUGACAUACACAUUCCAUUGCUAAAGGCGAUUCCUCCUAUUACAAGAAUGGCCCUUACUCGUGAUACAUGGGUGACUGUAUUGUGCAGAAAAUUGCGAGACUGGUGGCACUGGGUUGCUGAAGGCGAUCUGCCUAUUGUUGCUUCACAUGGAGUUGAAGUUGAAGUUUAUAAAACUCUUGAUCCUGGGAUUCGUGUGGUCAUCUUGAAAGCACUAUGUGACAUUCGAGUUGAGCAAGAAGAUAUCCGGAGCUAUAUUGAAAAUUCACUAAAACAUGGAGUUCAACUUUCAGCAUUUCGUAAAGAACGAAUUGGUGGAGAUUCACAUGGAACUUAUUUCUGGUAUGAGGAUGAUCCCAUAAUUGGUCACCGUUUGUACCGUGAGAUUAGGAAAGUUGAGUUGAAAAAAGCCAAGGCCAAAGGUUCACAGGUCCUUCCUUGUAUAACAUACCAGUGGGAAACAGUUGCAACCAAUUUUGAUGAAUUUCAAGAUGUAUCAGAAAAGCUUUUUACAAGUAAAAAUCGAACCGAGGCUUCACUUGGGAAAAAGUUGAAGAUUGAUAUGCUUCCUGAGAUUGAGAAGGUUCACAAGAGAAAAGAAAGGUUGCUGAAAAAACAGCAUAGGCAAGCUCUCCUCUUGGAUAAUUUUGCACUUGUAGAUGGGCUUGCUCCAGGGCGCUCGCUUCGUGACAGAAAACCUGUCACAUAUACUUUUGAUGAUUAUGACCGAUCAAUCAAUGAGGCUAUCAAGACAACCAAGCGUAAGCAGUCAUCUCCAGAACCAAAUCAUAGAAGAGAAGCUACUGUAAAGCUCGAACCUUCUGUGAACGGAAAAUGGAGCGGUCCAUCAUAUGCAUCUCAAAAUUCCAAUUUUAGUCCACUGUCUCCCAAGUCACCUGAUUAUGAUGAUGAUGCCGAAGAAGACCACAUGUCCGAUCCACAGUUGGAUCGCAGCAACAGACGAAGACAAAGGCCGCAACGGUAUUCAGAAAAGGAUUAUGUGGAAGCAUUAUCAGAUAAUGAUGCAGACUUUGAUAGUGAUGAUGACAUAGUUGGUGAAGCAGUGUAUGAUGAGGAGUAUCUAAGAAAACGUAAGCAGAGGAGGAAAACAUCCAGUAGCUCUGAAGGAGAUGAGGAGUAUCACUAUGAGGAAGAAAAUGAUGAAGAGGAGGAAGAAGAAGAAGAGUCCUUGAGUAUCAGUGAAGAUAGCGACCAGCCAAGAAAAGUAAGAAAAAUGCCAGGACGUACGAGGAGGGAAACAAAGUUAAGGUCUGUUGGUGAGAUUCAGUCAGGUCUGAGACGUAGUAAAAGGGCGACUCGAAGCAGAAUAAAUUAUGGACAGUAUGAUCUGUCAGAAUCUGAACCAGAGAAUAAAAAAGUUAAAAAGACUAAUGCAUCUGAUGAGCACACAGAUGCUAGUGAGAAUGGGGAUUAUUUGGUUGAAAGUCAAGGGUCUGAGAAUGAGAAUGAUGAUGACGAAGAAGAAGACGAGGACCACGAGAUGAAAGUUGAUCAGCCUGAUGAGGUUUAUGCAGAGAAUAUAGAGGAGCAAAACCAUCCUCCUGAGAAAUCGAAUAGCCCAGACCAAGACGAAACCGAUGGUGCAAGAGAGAGACGGUUUCUUGACCUAAACGAGCUUGCUCCCGGCUCUGGUUUUGACGAUGCCCCAAGCACAGAAAUGAAAGAUGAUACAGACGAUUUCUAGUAUCCUUCAUUUACUUGCUUGAUAGCAAUCGCUAUAGUUUUCUCUCGUCAAGCCGAAUCCAAGUGUACGAUAGUAAACUAUAAAUUUUGUGGUAAGCCUGCAGAAGAUAUUAGCACCGGAGUUCUUCCCCAGGCUAAUUCAAGCAGUCGCCUUGGUGCAGUAUCUGCAGCAAGGAGCAAAAGGAUUAUGAUGAGUUGAUAGAGUAGGGAGUCCAUUUUUUAGUAAUGUCCACAUUCAAUGAAAACCCAACAAUAGAGAUGGAAGGGGAAUUUGUUUGGUGUUUCUAUAGCUUUACCCAUCAGUGUACAAUAACCUUUUGACUAAUAUUGUAACCGAAAGAGUUGGCUUUUAGAUGUAUAAGCUUUUAUCUACUGUGAUACUGACUUUGAAUCGCCCCUCUACAUAAUGGGUUGGAUGGGUCUGUUUUAAUUACUUGCAGAUAUUGGUCUCUAUUGUAAUGCAACCAUCCUCCCUCAAAUGAUUAGCUAAUUUUUAGCAUUUGUGCA